CGGAAGCGGAACCGAGGUGGUGCGCUCAUCUGCCGUGCUGGGCACCUCCUCUGCCUUCGAUGCGUGGAGGCUGAGUAUGAAGCUGGGCGCCCCUUCACGUCGACCAGGACAGGACAAGCCGUCCUUCAAGAGGAGCUCUUUGCUAAGUAUGAGGCGUUUCCAAAGGGACGGGAGCUUCGGGAGGUACAGUCGGGGGAGGAGGCGAGCGAGGGCGGCUAUCAGUUCUUUGUGCAGAGGAGGGACCUCGCCUCAUGUCCGUACUGCCGGGAGCCCAAGGCACACACUGCUUCGUCGAGGCGCGGUGUCAAGAGAGCGCUCGAAGAGGGGCCGAGUCCUCGAGAACUUGGCACGGUGGCGGUCCUAUCGGAAUUGAGACGGAGCAAGGGAGUCCCUCCAAUUGCGAUUGCCCCCGGCCUUUUUCUUGUGCCCCUGCUCGACGCCCGCAGUGGGCGCAUUCUGGACGUUUCUGCAACGGAUCGGGGGCUCGUCAAUGUACCUCGACUCGUGAAGAUCGACCACACGGGCAGCUUCCGGUGCCUCUGCGGUCAGAGGGCAUGCCGUGACCACGACAUGUCGUUCCUGGAGGCGACGCGUCUCAUGGGCGGCUGGUGGCAUACUGGCGAGGCCAUCUUCACGGCCUUUGAUGACGGCCGCCCGUUCGAGCGGGAGGUCACGAGAGGCGUGCCUUGGGUGUUGCCUUUGGAACAAGGGGGGUGCGUGGGGGGUGCACUCUUUGGGCUAAACGCGGAGGCUUGGAAAGGAGGGCCGCACCUCCAAGUGAUUGUCGUGAGCAACCCUGGGGAGAAGCCCGUGGUUUGCGUGCUCUGGGGAGAGAAUGCGCACUGCAGCGAUGUCGACUGCUCGGGUCCGGAGCGGUGCCGGCACCUGUUGAGUGUGCUUUCGAAGCCAACCUUGCCCCUGAUUGAGCGCGCAAUUGAUGGAGGCGGGAGCGAGGCGACGCGCACCCUUGCUGAGAGGCGGGCAGAAAGGGUCGAGCAGCGGGAAGCGGGGGCGAAGAAGCUCUGGAUCUGCAACGAUCCUGUGUGCCGUCGACCAGACUCAAAAGUAGCGUGCACACACCUGGGGACUUUGGAGCCAUGGGAGUGCCUUCCGGCGGCGGCCCUUGACACGGGGCACAGCCACAAAAGGAUUGAUACGGUCAUGAGCCGUGGGGGGGGUUCAGGCGUCACGAGCCUGUGCGAGCGCUGGGGCGAGGAACGGGUCAAGCGGAGAGACGAGACAAGGCAUUUUUGUGCCCCGCGGCCCGUCGAUGUGCUUUCUCCUUGUGGCCGUCCAUGGCAGCUGGAGAGCAAAAAAGGGGCUCUGACGACGGCGGGGGCGCGCUACGAGAUUACCGCUUACCGGCGUGUCUGUCGUAUUGCUCCAGGACGGGAGGCGGCGUGUUGUAGCAUCGCGUAUGAUGGCCAGGUACGAAUCCGGUCCCAAAACAGCGCGCGUACGCGUGAUUCAUUGGAUAGAGCUUGCCGCUUGAAGAUGCCGUACGAUCUCUCGUUCGACAGUAUUGGUGGCGCUUCCAAUCGAUCGAAGCGAGAGUAA